ACUCAGCCGGGAGGGCGCAUUGUUACAGGUGUGGAACUGGUUGCUCUGAGCCCUCCUCCGGCAGCUCACUCUGGUUCUUCAGGCUCUGAGGAUCCUCAGGACCCACCUGGGUGCAGUUGGGACAGACCGUCUCACAGAUGCAACAACCUGCUUGACAUUCUCCUCUGGAAAAGGAAAAGAACUACUAGAGGAUGUGUGGCACUUGGAUGCAGAAAUUGAGCACCCUCCAUGUGAUCCAGAGAACAGUAACUCAUACGUCUUCUGGAACCUUCUACCCACGGUAGAACCUCUUAGCUUUAUGGAGAAAACAGAGUCAUUCUAUCUAGAGGUGCCACCCAAAGACUGCGGAGCCUCUCCUCAGCCCCGGCUGAGGAGCCUGCCAAAGCAGCACUGUGAGAACCAGGGGAGCCUCCUCCAGUUUGACCGGCAAGCCCCAGGCCGCAUCUCCACCUCGCCCACUUUGAGGAGAUUAAGGACCCGUGGCUGUGGGACUUGGCACUCACUGUCUCAGCAGGAUGCCUUGCAGGUGCCCACCUGGGGAAGCUGGAGAGAGCCUGAGGGCUCCCCACGUUACCUUUCCAAGAGCCUGCCGGGAAGCCCAAAGGAUUCUUCGUACUUGCUGUCACCCUUGAGACUCCACUCAAGAUUGACCUCUGAACCUGAAAGGGCCCUGAACGCAGCUGACUCACGGGAGCCCCAAACCCGGCCCACUGACAAGUGUCUCCCUCCUGAGCUUCAGCCUGUCAGUGAAGAGUCCCUUCCCCAGGCCUCUCUUCUGCGGCAAGAAGGCCACUUCCUGUCCAGCCCCACCCUACAACGCCCUAGUCCUCAGGUAACACAGCUCUAAGCCUUCGGCCUCUCAGUUGGUGAACCACAAAGCAAAAUAGAUCUCAGAGUUGCUUCCUUCCUCCAAGGGCCAGUAGAUCCUAAAAAGGAGACAGCACAGGAAGUCACACUGAGGGGACACAUUCUCUUUAGGAAGCACUGGCUCUUAAGUGAAAGGAGGGCAGCAAUUUGGGGAAGAAAGAAAAUGAUCUCGCUCACUUCCUUCUGUCCUUGGAGGCACUUUAAGAAAGGAUGCACCAAGGCCAGGCUUACCGAUAGUCUGUCAGGUACCCGAUAGCAAUGGGGGCCCUCUUGCAAAUGCACACUAUUUAAAGACAAUGUGGUGUCACUGAUUUAAAAGGGGAGAAAGAGCCAGUUAUUCAAAUUCGUGAUCCCACCAAAAUGUAAAACAUGUUUCAACUAGGAGGGCUCAUUGUUUCUCCUUUCAACAUGUUUGCUUUGGAGUUCGGGAUGGGUUUGAUUAAGACUAAAACAUAUAUUCUUAAAAUUUAUUUCAGGGAGAAGAAUUGCACCCAUCCAGGUGAGUAUGCAUUUAUUUUCUCCAGUGCUAUGACAUCUGUUGACUAUUUACUAUUAGAUUUUUAUUUCUGUCCUGACAUAACAAAGCUGAUGGUAUGUUAACCAAUACACUUUGUUCUACAGCACUCAAGUCACUCUUCAUAUUUAUAGGUGCAAGAGUUUUCAUUUCAAGAGUCUCCCUUUAAGAGCACAGCAUUUGGGGGCAGAAUACAACGCCAUAUGCAGUCAUAGUUUUCAUUUUGAAUUGUCAAUGUCUUGGCCCUGUGGCUUAAUUAACAUCCACUUAGUAAUAGGUUUUGUCUGGUAGAGAAAAUAGAAAGGCCAGAGAUACUCAACAGCUUUUCACAGAAAAAUUUAGAGGACAAAAAAUUAAAGGAACAAGAUGUCUUGAUUAAAUCUAGGGUGACCUUUAAAAUAACCUGUUAUGACAGACUGUGCCCUUAUCCAGAAUGAAGUAGACUGUGUCAUUUCUGAAACCAGCUCUGAACUUUCAGCGUGGCCCCUUGGUUGUAGCAAUGGAUCUGCCAUCCCUGACAGGGAUGAAGAGUUUCUGUAGCAGCAAGGAAAAGAUCCAUGCCCAAUUUUAUCUUCCUGACCUGCGGGAUUGGCAGGAAAGCCCUCAUUUCAUUUGAAAAGUUACAGAGGAUUUUUUUGGAGAAACAGCUGCUGUUUUAUUACUGGGCCUCAAUCUUCAAGCAAUAGUUUAAUGUUCAUAGCAGUAAGGAUAACAUCCAUGUAAACGUUCUUUGUUGAUUUUAAUCCUCCUUGGCCUAAAUGUAUCAACAAAGGUAGAAGAUACUUACCAAGCAGUAGGAAAAUGCAAAUUGUUAUGUUUGUGUAUCAGUUAGCUAUUGCUAGAUAAAAAACUACUUAAAGUAACA